GCAGAUUCAAUCAUUGGCAAGUGACGUUUCAUUUAUUCUAUGCAAUGUGCACGUGGUUGAAGUUUCUGGUUUGUCUGCAACUACUUGGAUUAGCAUGUGGCCAUCAUUCACGAGCAUCAAUCGUCUGCUACUGGAGGCUACGCACCGAUCUAAACGAAUCACUAAGAUCCUAUUUGGAAAAAUGCGAUUACGUCGUAGUGUGCGAUGAUGUUUGCGAUCGCGGCCAAGCGGUGCGGUCGUGUGCCGGAGAAAAACUUACCUUCCUGAAGGAGAUGGUUCCCAAAGCGAAGAUCAUGCUCUCGAUCCCACUCAGUGUAAAUCCCUUUGAGCUGAGAAUUGAGGAAGACAGCGAGCAAUUUUGCCACGAAAUUGAGCAAUGCGUGAAUGAUGGUUUAUACGACGGAAUCGAUCUGGAUUUCAAUGUAUUUGUAUUGGAAUUAUCGGAUCAGAUAGUCUUUGGUCAGAUAUUGGCUAAGCUCAGACAACGAUUGAGUUCAAGAAUAAUCAUUUCGUUAUCAAUGGAUGCACCACUCUUAUCAUCGGGACCGUUGAACAAUGCAAUCAUUCAGAACGUUGAUUUCGUAACAUCUUACACGGAUGGGUUGAUUGGUAAUGUAGAUCAGGGUGAAGAAUUCGUUGUGCGAAAAUAUCCAGAUACAUCGAUCGAUCAGUUGCUGGCAAACGGAAUUCCUCCGAAAAAAAUUGUUUUAGGUUUGAAAACUGCCGGGAUUACUAAAGACCCAUUAGCCAUAUAUGAAAAAUGUUUCAAAAAGUGUGUAUCAAUAGGUUUGAUACCAUAUGGACAGGUUUGUGAGCUGCGUGAUCAAGGUGCAAGGUUCUGCAGUUGGCGUAGCGAUCGUCAGUGCUUAUUGUUUGAUGGUAGAUCAAAGCUUUUUUAUGACAACUUGGAAACGGCUAAAGAACGUGCGCUUCAGUGCACUAAACAUAGAUUGAAAGGAGUUUCAAUUCUUUUGAAUUACGAUGAUGGAGCGGGAAUUUGUGGAGAUGGAAAUUAUCCAUUGUUGAGCUCAGUUCUCGAAGUGUUCUCAUCACAAUUGACGAGCGAGGAUGAUGAUUCCAACACAAGAAGAACCAAACAUAAUAAUAGAAAAUCUAAUGGACAUGAUAAUCUCGAUGAAGAGAUUGAUCGUUUGGAAUUGGCCAUUGAACAUCUGCAGAAAUCAACCAAUCUGUUAGAAACAAUUUCGAGUUUUCUGUUACGUGCAUUAUACAAAGUAAUUGACGUGGUCAUUGCAUUUGUGUCAAAGCGAGAUGGUGAUGGUUCCCAUAAUAUGAAAAAUAAUACAGAUGUAAGGGAUCCUAUUUUUGAAAAACAUGACACCCCCGCCGAUGUCAAUAAAGAUAAUAGUUCCAGCCUUGAGACGCUCCGAAACGAAGCAGGAAAAAUAGCCGAGGAGCAGAAGAUUCCUAUUAUCGCCACGAAUGAAGAAGAAGAGAUCCAUGAAGGGCAGAUUGAUAUUCCAAAGCAUCCAGCUAAGCCGAAACCAGUCGAGAGUUUGCUUGGUAUUUAAUUGAAUUGUCACGAACAGUCUCAAAAAUGUUACUUCUUGAUGUUUGUUAUAAAAAAGUUAUUUUAUAAAUUUUAUCCUGGAUGGUGCUUGUACUCGCAAAAAGAGUUAUUUUUUCGAAUUAGGAGAGCAAAAACAGUUUAUUUUGUAUUAGACAACUCAUCUUGCAGUUUACCUAAAAAUAAA